GGCCUGGGUCCCGCCCGGGACGGAGGGCCCUCCUGGGCCGGGAAAACUGCAAUUCCCGGCAUGCCCUGCCACGGCUGCGCCUGCGUACGGGAGAUAUCUUGCCGGGGAGCGGGUUGUUUUAAAGCGCUGUCUUAGUUCCAUGGAAACCGGCCGGCCUGCAGCCGGACAGAGCCACCGGUUGACAGAUGGACAGUGGGGUGCAUAUAGAAACUGCAAUAUCCAGACCAGUCCUUUCUCCAACCCACAUCAACGCCACAGCUUCUGAAACAUUCACAGUACUCCAGCAAAGGAUGAGAAUAGUUGAGGAACAGACCAGUUCUCUGAGGAAUGAUCUAAUAAUGUUGGACUUUGGUGAUAAAAGAGGCCAACUGGAAGCUCCAAACUGUUUAGAAGAACUUGCCAGCCAGACAAUCAUUAGCCCUAUCCAAAAUGAAGUAAUUUGUUCAGGAAAAACAGAUAUUUUAUGGAAGAACUGUGAGUUUCUGGUAAAUCGAAUGUGCCGUCUGGAAAGUCUCAUCCAGUCCUUGAAGAUGAGCAUCUUUCGCCUACAAACUGAAAAGGAUUUGAAUCCACAGAAAACAGCUUUUCUGAAGGAUCGACUGAAUAUAAUACAGGAGGAGCAUUCCAAGGAUCUGAAGCUGUUGCAUCUUGAAGUUAAGAAUUUGCGCCAAGAACUCAAAGAUGUAAAAGAGGAAGAAGACAAGGCACAAGAUGAAGUGCAAAGGUUGACUGCCACUCUGGAGAUUGCCUCAGAAACAAAGAAGAAUGCAGCCAUUAUUGAAGAGGAAUUUAAGACCACAAAACGUAAAAUGAACCUUAAAAUUCAGGAGCUAAGGCGACAAGUGGCUCAGGAAAGGCACCUCAGGGAAACUCUAGAAAAAUCUGGAUCAGCCAUGCUACUCAAAAUACGAGAAAUGGAAUCAACAGUGGAGAUGGAACGGAAACAGGUGCAAAUUUUGCAGCAAAACUGCACUGGCCUACGCAGUUCUAUACAGAACACCCAAGAUCUACUGGUCCAGGAACAACAAAAAAAAGGAGAGUUGGAGACUGCUACCUCACAGCUCAAGUGUGAUCUAAUUUCUAGAGAUGACAUCAUUUCCAAGUUGGUUGAAGAAAACAAGAAUGUUCAAAUGUCUUUCAACAAGGAACAUGAAGAAAAUGCAUAUUUGAAGUCUGAAAUAGUAUCUCUUCAUGAAGCAUCAGAAAAAACACAGGUUUUGAAUGAACAGCUGACCGUAAAGUGUUCAGAGCUCAGCUGCAUGCUUCAGACUGUUAAUAUGGAAAAAGCCAGGAUCAUUGCUGACCAUCAAGCCAUCCUGCAGGUAGAACAGAAAAUGAUGACACAGACAUUUCAAGAACAAAACUUACUGCUGGAUGCAGCCCAUGCCAGUAUCACAAGUGAACUACAAGUUGUUCAGAAUGAGAAAACCGAACUCCAAGCACAUCUGGAUCAUUUAAUCUUUGAGCAUAACCAGUGUAUUCAGAAAGCACAGGAUGCUGAGAAGAGAACAGCUGUGCAAAAAGAACUGCUAGAAUUGACAAUUGCAAGAUUGCAAGGUGAAUUGAAAGCAUCAAUGCAAGAGAACAAGUCUCUGCUAGAGGAGAAAGAAAGAUUUCAGAGAGAGGUUGAUAAAACAGAAAAAGAAAUAGCACAAGAAAAGUGCAAUUUGGAAAAGGAAUUAGCUCAAAACAAGGUAGACAUAAAUGCAUUAACGCAAAACCUGCAGACUCUAGAGAAAGAAAAUAAGCACCUGGCAAAUGAUAUGGCUUCCCUAGAACUUCAGCAAGCUGCUUCUGUUUACCAUGGGCUUGCCCAACAGAAGGUGGAAAAAGUCUUGGGAAAAAUUACUGAGAGUAAAAAUAAAUUGGCCUAUGAAAAGGGAAAACUCCAGAUAAAAGUUAAACAGCUAGAAGAACAACUACAAUCUUUUACUGAAACCAGUUCACAGAAUGACCAUCUACGCAAGUUGAAUAAGGCUCUAGAAGCCAAAUAUGCUCAGGUGAAAUCCAUUCUUGAAAAAAGUGAAGAGGAGCUGUCUCGAACAGUUAAGUGUCGUGAUGCAGCCCUGAAAGAGAGUCAGAAGUUGAAAGAAGACCUCGAGGCUUUGGAGGACAGGGAAAACAAGAAGGUGGGAAACUUUCAGCGACAAUUGGCAGAGGCUAAAGAAGACAACUGCAAAGUCACAAUCAUGUUGGAGAAUGUGCUGGCUUCUCACAGUAAGAUGCAAGGUGCUCUGGAGAAAGUACAAGUAGAGCUUGGGCGGAGGGAUUCGGAAAUCGCAGGCCUCAAGAAGGAAAGGGCUCUCAACCAACAGAGGGUGCAGAAGCUAGAAGCUGAAGUGGACCAGUGGCAGGCCAGAAUGCUUGUUGUGGAUUCCCAGCACAAUAAUGAGAUGGAACCUCUACAAAAAGCUCUAGAUACAGCUAGAGAAGACAACAGGAAAUUGGCUAUGAGUCUGGAACAAGCUCUCCAGACAAAUAAUCAUCUGCAAACAAAGUUAGAUCACAUUCAAGAGAAAUUGGAAAAAAAAGAGCUUGAGCGACAGAAUUUGCAAACAUUCAAAGAGCGAAUGACUGAGGAGUCCAAAGCAGAAGCAGAAUUGCAUGCUGAACGCUUAGAAGCUCUAAGAAAGCAGUUUCAGACUGAAAGAGAAACUGCAAAGAAAGCGGCACAACGGGAAAUGACUGAGCUGAAGAAAGCCCUUGACGAAGCCAACUUCAGAUCAGUGGAAGUGUCCCGGACCAACCGAGAGCUGCGGCAGAAACUUACAGAGCUUGAAAAAACACUGAACAGUAACAAGGAGAAAAUAAAGAAUCAAAAGGCCCAAAUUAAGCUCCACUUGUCGGCUAAGGCGAAUAAUGCUCAGAAUGUAGAGAGGAUGAAGCAAAUAGAAACAGAAUUGAGGCAAAUGGAGAUAAUUAAGGAUCAAUAUCAGAAAAAAAACUAUGAACAGUCAUUGAGUAUCCAGAGGUUUGUAUCUGAAAUGACUAACCUGCAGAAAGAGAUGCAGAUGUUGGCCAAGAGCCAAUAUGAUACUUCAGCACGGAAUAAACAGCAAGAGCUGCGGCUAGAGGCAGAGCGGAGAAGAAGGCAGGAACUAGAGAAACGAUGCCAGGAAUUGGAAGACGCUGUCAGACACUUGAAGAAAUGUAAAGAAGCAACAGAGAAUAAACUGAAAGAAGCCAGUGUAGAAUCAGAGCAGAUAACAGCUAACCUGGAAGAAGCUCACCGUUGGUUUAAAUGCAGGUUUGAUGGCCUACAACUUGAGCUGACAAAAAACCGGUUGCAAAGGCUUCCCCGGGAAGACGGGUGGCAGGAAGAGGACCAAGAUAUAAGGCACAAUGUCACGUCCAGCCAAUCUGUUCUACAGCGAUGGGAGGAUAAACAGAAUCUUAGGCUCAUGCCCAAGAAGUGUCAUUCUGAGUUAGAGAGGAAGUGAUGUCCUUGACAAUGGAGCUUCUUUGUGUAUAGCUACACCUCCGUGAUUCUGCAUGCCCAGCACCUAGGGCUGGCCUGUUUCUACAGUCAAAAGAACAUGAAGUCUUUAAUGUGGCCUGAAGAUUUUGGACCUGAGUUUAUCCUGUUAUGAACUCUUAUAUAAGUACAGAACCACCCCAUGUUUUUUGUCCCUUUCCCCAUUUCUAUUCAAUAAAUCUAUAUUGGUAUGAUAGGA